CUUGGAACGAGUUUUAAACUGUAUGCCCGCCGGUCUCGGGAGUCACGCGCACACGCAUGUUGUCUUGUCUACGUGUUUGCCUUGGAUGGAUGAAUCCGCGGUUCUACUAUCUCCGUUUGACUAUCGUGUGACAGAAUAAUGAAUUUAAAAUUGAAUAACGAAGUCCGUGGUUCUAUCAGUCUUUUGCCGGCCCCUCCAGUGUCGUCUAUUAAGGAGGAACGGCGACGUACCGGUCGCUACAUAGCUAUCUUAGUUGGCAUUUCGUUGCUGAUUCUGGCCAUCUACCAUGCGUGGGUACGCCGCAUACCAGUCGUGGCCAGUCUCGUUGUGCCCGCACUCAUCAUGUUCGUCUACGUCGGAUGGGUGCUGUAUACUGCAUCGAGAGACAAACACAAGUUUUUUCAAUUCCAAGAUGCAGAAGCUGCUUUAACAUCUGGGACAGAAGUAAAUGACGACGGACGCGUGUCUCAACUGUCUAACAAUAAUUUAGAAGAAUUGGUGAUAUCCAGUAAGGAGAGUUCGAAGGUAAACUCACCACGUGGUUCGAUACGUAAAGACUGGUUAAGAACAUCAACUUUAAAAGAAGAAAGAAAAACUAAACCUGUUGAGAAGAGUGUUAACUUCAUAAAGCCUAUAAUUCUAGUCAAUGACAAACCACCGGAAGAUCUAGACCAAAAGUGGACACAUAUAGUGGAGAAUUUAACAAAUAACGACAAACUUAAAGGAUUUUCAACCCGAAGAAGAUAUAAAAGAAAAUUUUGUAGAAGAAAACGGAAUGCGGCGUUUAAAAGAUCUUAUAGCAUCGGUUAAAAUAAUAACAAAAUAUGUUAGAGAAUUAAUUGUUGAAUUAAUGAAUGGUUGUAGAUAUUAAUUAGUGUAUGAUGAAAUUGCUAUUUCUAGGUUUCCCUUGCUGCCCUUUAUGCUGUAAAUAAUUUAAAUAUAGGUUAGGAGUCAUAGAGCUUGAUUGUGCGUACAGAUUGUAAGAAUAGAAACUUCGUGAGUCUUUAAAAUAUCCAAACAUCCCUAUUUUUCAAGACACAUAAGCAUAGAUGAUUAUUUCAGUUUUUGUUUUAAUUAAACUGCAUUACUAGCGCCAUCUUUUAGCUGACAUUAGACAUUAGAGAAUCUAGUACACGUAGUUUCUAACAACAUUGUUUUGUUUUAGACUGAA